AUGGCUGUAAACAUAGCGCAUCCUCCUUCGUACAAUAGUACGAUAAACUUUAUCAAUCCAAUAGUAAUACCAAGCAACAACAAUAACAACAACAAAAACUCAAGUGGCCACAGCAAAAAACCCAUACAUUUGCAUAAUCUCAAACAAUGUAUUAAACCAGUGCUCACACGUACUACUUCAAAGAAACAACUUAAUGUUAAGAAGUCAUUCAAUAUCCAUUCAAUAAAAUCAGGCAAACAUAACCAAACAUCACAUCCAUUAAAUCUCAAUCAAAUAGAAGACCAAGAUUCCGAUAUCGAUGACGAUGACAACAUUGAUGAAUAUACAUUUGAUUCUUGUUCUGACGACUUAUCCUUUGUAUCACAAUCUUCAAAUUCAUCACUCAACUCGCCAAAUGAAAUACUAAGUGCUUAUGAAAGAAAGCAACCAUGUAAUACUUCAAAUGAUAUCUUCUCAUAUCAUUCAUUCAACAAUGAUCACUAUUCAUAUAUGUCCCCCAGAUCCAGCUCUGUGAUAAGUAUACCAUCCAAUAGAUCAAGCUCAUUAUCUACUUUAUCAUCUACAAGCACACUUGAUAGCUUAUCAACCCUCCCAACGCUAGCAACCACAAGACAAUCUAGUGUGUGUUGUGUUAUUCCAUCGUCUCCAUCUUGUUCACCUGUUACUAAUGAACAAUUACCAACAUGUAUUUCAGCACCCCUUUCGAAAUCUACAUCAACUGAUUGUUUACAGCAGAUACUAAAGAAGUCUAGUCCAUCGAAGAACAAACCAUCCUUAUACUCCAAUUUGACCUCAUCUAUCAAGAAUUGGAAAACUAAGUUCUCUCACAACAAGGAUAAUUUCGUUAGAAUAUUCAUGGAAUCUCCAAGAUUAACCGAUGAUAAAUUACCAGUAACACUCAUGCCCCGUGAAAUCCACCAUAAGCAUGAUUAUCCUUCUCCAAACGAUGCAAAUAUAUUGCCAUCUCAAGAAUUAGUUACAUUUAAUGACAAUUCAAUAGAUCCAAAUGUUCCAACCUGGUUAGAACCUCAUUGUAAACCAACAUUCAAGAAUCGUGACCAAAGAAUAAAUUCAGAAUUCUUGAGAAUGUAUGCCCAUGAUUAUAAUGCAAGAGUUAAGACCAAUACAUUACCUGCCAAUCCAACUCAAGAAGAAUUGGUCCGUUUGAUACAUUCAACUCCAUCCUUGAGACAAUUCCAUUAUCAAUACAAUAUGUAUAGAGUUUCAAAUAUGUCAAGAGAUAAAUUAUGGACUAAUGUUAUUUUACCACCAAGAAGUGAUGAAACUCCAAGUUUGGGCAUUGACGGAAGUUGUUAUAUAUAUGCAUCAUCAGACACAUCAGAUGAAGAUCUGGGAGAUGAUAAAUCGAAACAAGAUUCUAAUAUUCCGGAGAAAGAAUCUUAUUCACUUAUUAGAAGACUGGGGAAAUAUUUACCUUGGGAUUCAAAUAUGACGAAAUCAAGUAUAAGACCCGCAGGAAUAUUACCUCAUGGGAAAUGUGAAUUUAAUGGUGAAGCUCCAAAUUCUGGAGUUACGAGAACACAGUUUACGGUUAAGGGUUGGUGUAAUCCAAGAUGGGUUGAUUCAUCUUAG